UCCGUUAUAAAUGUUUGGUCUCCGACGUCACCAGCACACUUUCGAUUUAACGUCCGAACACGUCGCUAUACAGAUAGGUACAACCACAUAGGUAUAUGACAUUUAAUUCGGUGCAUACGUACGUAUUAUAUAUACCGAACACCACGUCCCGCGAUUGGGCGAUUUCAUAUAAUUAUAUUAAUAUUGUUGUUAUAGUUUAUUACACUAUUAGUACUUAGUACUAUUUACGCCGCGAAACGGUCACGGUACAAUCGUUGUCAUAUUAUAUUAUUAUCAUUUUGACGGAAUAAUAUUAUUAACUGCGAGUACGCGUCCGCGUGCACCAAUCGUAUCGAAUUCCCGACGACGAUUAGUAUAUUAUAUACCUAUAGCAGUAUGGGUUCGACCAAGUUGAACAUUGCUUUGGUUUUGUUGCAAUUGACUGGAAUGUGUAUGUGCCAAAAGUUCGGUGCGGUUUACCGGAGACCGGUGACCCCGGACAGGCAGAUCGCAGCCGCCCAACAACAGUACGCGAACGACGCGGCGCAACAGUCGGUCGCCGCCGGUGACGUUUACCAACAAUAUCCGGAACAGCAGUACAACUACCCAACACAGCCGUACUACUAUCCGGCGCAGCAGAAACAAACGUUGGAGAAGCAACAGCAGGCUAGGCUGGAGCAACAACAGCUCCAGCUCCAGCAGUUGCAGCAGCUCCAGUCGCCGUACAAGCAACAGCAACAGCAGCUGUCGGCGUGGGAUUACUAUCAGCCGGCGGCAUCACCGCAGCAAUACAGCAGUGAAUACCAACAGCAAUUGCAGCAGCAACCACUGCAACAGCAAUCGCAGCAACAGCAGCAGUAUUACCAAACCAUGGAGAAACCACUGUUCAGACCGGCGACCAUACCGGUGAAUGAGGCGCCCGCCGAGGGUCCGCAGCAACAGAAGCCGAACUUGAGCUUGUACCAGCAACAGAGUGGAGCGUUGGCCGCCAAUCAGCAGCAAUUGCCGCAAAACCCGCUGGGAGUGUACUACUCAUCGGCCGCCGACGUGUCGAAAUUUCAAUUUUCUGGCAACGGUGUCAGCUAUUCGUACUGAACAAUAAUGUGUGAAUUUUGUUAUGCUUUUUUUUUUUCUGUUUUGUUUUUAUUUCAUUAAUACUAAUUUUAUUGUUUGUUCUGUUAUAUUUUCAUAAUAAAUUAAUGUAAACCGA